UUCAUCUCACAAUAGAUCAAAUGAGAAAAAACAUUGGGGUUACAAAAGUGAAAAUCAUGCAUGCAUACUUAGCGGCGCAGGAAUUUUUUGUUUUUGUUUUUGAUAGAGUAGCAGCGCCGGAAUUGAACGUCUUUAAAUAGUAUUAUUACUUUUAUUAUGGAAAAAUAAGGUUACUUCACGUUCUCGCCAAGGAUCCUUUUCACAAAACAAUAUCUAAUAUCGUCUAUCAAACACAAACCCCACUUGUAUAGUCCCUCUCCCUUCCAAUAAAUACCCACAUCUUUCUCUCAUUCUGUAUAUGCUUAAUGCUUGCAUGCAACCAAUGAUAAAGACCAUGGAGAGAGUUUUUCUGCUUGGUUUCUUUUCUUUAGCUUUGUUAGGAGUGUUCACCACAUCAUCUUUAGCCCAAGAUAAUAGUCCUCUUCUAAAUUCAUCCAAGUUGGAAAUGUUUGUGGAUGAGCUUCUAGAUAUGCCCAAAAUCCUUGGCUUUGAUUCUGUGUAUGGUGUUCCCAGAUCUAAGUCACUGGAGAUUGGCAUGUACAGUAAAACAUGGAAAUUCCACAGAGAUAUCCCUCCUACACCUGUGUAUGCCUUUGGUGUAUCUAAGGAAGCCGCAACUAUUCCAGGUCCAACAAUCAUGGCCCUUCAUGGAAUUGACACCAAUGUGACAUGGAAAAAUUAUCUCCCUCCAACGCACAUAUUGCCUUGGGACACAUCCAUCACAAUUGCUGAACCUGCUGACAAGAUAGGAAUCCCUACAGUAGUCCAUCUCCAUGGUGCAAUCGGAGAGCCCGAGAGUGAUGGAAACCCAAACUCAUGGUUCACUGCUGGAUUCAAAGAAAAGGGAUAUGCAUGGACUAAAGAAACAUAUAGCUACAACAACAACCAACAACCUGGAAAUUUAUGGUACCAUGAUCAUACCAUGGGAUUGACUAGACUCAACCUCCUAGCUGGAUUGGCUGGGGCCUACCAUAUCAACCACCCCAAAUUGGAGGGCCCACUUGGACUCCCUAGUGGUGCUGAAUUUGAUCGUACAUUGAUUGUAUUUGAUCGUAGCUUUCGUAUCGAUGGUUCUAUAUACGUGAAUUCCACAGGAGAUAAUCCCUCCAUACACCCCCAUUGGCGACCAGAAUAUUUUGGUGAUGCUAUCAUAGUGAACGGAAAGGCUUGGCCACGUAUGAUAGUACGACGUCGAAUAUACCGAUUUCGUAUUAUAAAUGCUAGCAGUGCUAGAUUCUUUCGGUUCUUUUUCACCAAUGGUCUACAAUUCAUCCACGUGGGAUCUGAUUCGGCUUACCUUAAUGAAGCAGUGACAACCAAUGGGUUUUUGCUAUGCCCAUCUGAGAUUGCUGACGUGAUUGUGGAUUUUUCCAAGUCAAAGAAUGAUAGUGCUAUUCUAGCAAAUGAUGCACCGUAUCCCUACCCAACUGGGAACCCAGUUGAUGAAGCUAAUGGCACAAUCAUGAAGUUUAUCAUCUUGACACGUACUGAGAAUGACCCGGGACAAACACCCAAUAAGUUGAUCCAAUACCCAGACCCUGAUUUAUCUAGUGUGACGCAGACACGAUAUAUAACCAUGUACGAGUACAACAGUGCCACUAAUCAACCAACUCAUUUAUAUUUGAAUGGGAUAUCAUUUGAAGCACCAAUCACUGAGACACCUAAAGUGGGGGCCACAGAAGUUUGGUACGUGAUCAAUCUAACGGGGGAUAACCAUCCUUUACACAUUCAUUUGGCUCUUUUUGCAACAUUGGAUCAGACUGAGCUAGUGAACGAGACAGAGUUUAGUGAUUGCAUGACGAAAAUCAACGAUGCGAUUAAGUGCCAAGUAAACAAGUAUGCAAUUGGGAAAAGCAUAGAGGUGCCAGCUGAGGAGAAAGGGUGGAAGAAUGUUUUCAAAAUGAGACCUGGAUUUGUGACAAAGAUUUUAGUGAAAUUUUCUUACAUACAUUCAAAUGAAUCGUAUCCGUUUGAUGCAACUGCGAAGCCAGGCUAUGUAUACCAUUGCCAUAUCUUGGAUCACGAAGACAACGAGAUGAUGAGGCCCUUCAAGCUCAUCAAAUAAGAUUGGGCAUGAGAAAUAUAUAUGAGGAUCCUAAAUAAGGUACUACCUUGAGGUGUUCAAGUAGAUGAAAUCAUUGAAAUCUUGAGGCGUGCAAGGAUAUGUGGACUUUUGUUUUUUUCAUUUUUACAUAUUCACGUUAUCAUAUUGAGAUUUUAGAACCAUUGUGGAAUUUGUAAUAUGUGGUCUUUUAUAUAUGUGUGGUUGUAAUAAACAUUGAAGGAGAUUUGGGCUCCAUUAUAUGAUAUUGAGU